GUGACACACAGUGCAGGAGCCAUGUGCCACACGUCGUGUCCAGUCCACAGUUGAACAGUUGUCUCCAGGUGUUUGCUGUAAUUAUGAUCGUGGUUUGUUUGUGUAGUACAAACACACUGCGUCGCGUUUAGUGUCACUUUGCACUUUGUGUCGCGGAAAAAAUGGGGAAAUCAAAGACCAAGAACCAGAAGAAAUCCCGAGUCGCAGCGAACCAUGUGGCCGAGCACACGUACGGAGGGGUGCCGCAUUCCUUCGUCUUCCACCGGGGGCAGGUCGGGAAGAACGUGGGUCAGCUGCUCCUGGACGUGCGGAAGGUCCUGGAGCCUUACACCGCCGAGUCCCUCAAGGUCAGGAAAAAGAACGUGCUGAAGGAUUUCGUGUCCAUCGCAGGACCCCUGGGAGUGACACACUUCAUGAUCUUUAGCAAGACCCCCAGCAGUAUCAACAUGAGACUUGCUCGACUUCCCAAAGGCCCCACGCUUCAUUUCAGAGUGCUCAAGUACUCUCUCAUCAAGGAUGUGAUUUCGACUCUGAAGAAGCACCGGAUGCACGAGCAGCAGUUCUCCCAUCAUCCUCUACUCAUCCUCAAUAACUUCGGAACUGAUGGCAUGCACAUUAAACUCAUGGCCACCAUGUUCCAAAACAUGUUUCCUUCCAUUAAUGUGCACAAGGUAAGCCUCAACAACAUCAAGAGGUGUGUGUUGCUGAAUUACAACCCAGAGACUGAGGAAAUAGAGUUUCGGCAUUACAGCCUGAAGGUCGUCCCUGUCGGCAUGAGCCGCGGAGUCAAGAAGCUGAUGCAGGAGAGGUGUCCCAACAUGAACAAGUUCGAGGACAUCAGUGAGCUGCUGAUUAAGGGGGCGAACCUUUCUGAAAGUGAAGCGGAACAAGACGGAGACCACAACAUCACCGAGCUGCCGCAGGUCUACUCCGGAAGAGGCAACAUGCCGUCCCAGCAGAGUGCCGUCCGGUUGACCGAGAUUGGUCCUCGUAUGACUCUGCAGCUGACGAAGAUCCAAGAAGGCAUGGGAGAAGGAAACGUCCUCUAUCACACCAUGAUCACCAAAACAGAGGAGGAAAUACAGGAGAUCCUGAACAGGAAGGAAGCCCAGUUAAAGGUGAAGGCGGAUCGGAGGAAGAGGCAGGCGCAGAACGUUGCUCAGAAAAAAGAGAUGCGAGAAGAGAACAAGAAAAAGAGUCUGGCGGGCAUUAAGCGGAAACACGACGAGGAAGAAGAGGACAGUGAGGUGGAGGAUCCCGGGAGGCAAGACGGUGCCACAGCUCCUCACGUGUCCGACGAUGAGGAGGAGUACUACAGACAGGCUGUGGGGGAGGAGCCAGAUGAAGACAUGUUCCCAGCCAAAAAACCGAGGCGGAGACCAGAACAUGGAGCUCCCAGGCAGAGGAGACAUGACGGACCAUCUAAAUCCCCGAAGAGAGGAGGUCCAGAAGGCUCGCACAGAGACAAUAAGGGAAAAGGUUUCAAGAAAUUCGGGGACAGGGAGAAACCAUUUGGAAACAAAAUGAAGCCCGGAGGAAAGGCAUUCGGGGCUAAGAAAUUCGGUGACAGAGAAAGUAAAUUCGGUGACAGAGAAAGUAAAUUUGGUGGAAAGAAGAAAUUUGAAGGGAAGAAAACGUUUGGAAAGAAAAACCAGGACAACUCGUUCAAAUCUAAAGGUCACAAAAGCAAAGAUGGCUUCAAGAAGAAAGGCAUGGGAGCGAAGCAAGGAUUCAAACAGAGGAAGGGAAAAGAGCGUAAGAGGAACUUCCAUGUUCAGAUGCAGCAGCUCACCGCGGCUCUCACAUCUCUUCCUGCUGUGGUGUUUUUACACGAGAGCAAGAUGGCGCAAAAUUUCACCAACUGUGAGAAGUUUCAGAUAGACCUGCUGCCCUGGGUGUACGGGGUUGAGUUCAUCGUGGCUCUGGCAGGAAACCUCUUUGCCCUGUGGCUGCUGGUGGGCAGAGAGAGAAGGAACUGGCACACCGGCGUUGUCUUGUCUUGUAACCUGGCCGUCAGCGACCUGCUCUACAUCCUCACGCUGCCUCUGCUGAUCGUCUACUACUCAGCGGACAAACACUGGAUGUUUGGUAUGGCCGCAUGUAAGAUCGAGAGGUUCCUCUUCAACUGCAACCUCUAUGUGAGCAUCUUCUUCAUCAUGGCAAUAAGUGUGAACCGGUGCAUUGCCCUCGUGUUUCCCUUCUUCACCCGCUCCUACGUGAUGCCUGCACACGCCAAAACCGCCAGUGUGGUCAUCUGGGUUGUCGUUGGGGUCAUUUCCUCCCCUGUGUGGAAAUUUGCCACCGAGAGCAAAAAUGUGCACAACAACAAGACUCUGUGUGUGUCCGUUGGUCUUCAGAAUCCUGCAGAUCAAAUGCCUCACUUCACGUACAAAGUAUUUCUGGCUGUGUUUGGGUGCCUCGUUCCCUUUGUGGUGACUUUCACUUCUUACUGUCUGGUGAUUUCGGUGGUGUGGAAAAAUGUCAGUGUUACAACACUUGAGAAACGCAAGGUGGCCCUGCUGGUCGGAGCGGUGGUGGUGCUGUAUGCUGUUUCCUUUGUGCCGUACCACGUCUUCCAGACCUACAACCUGUAUCUGAGAAUGCAGAAGCACACACCUGAAUCAGAAUCACACACGUGCUGGGUUUUCAAAAUGUACCAAGUGUCCAAGGCCCUGGCGACCCUGAACAUGUGCCUGCACCCAGUCCUCUACAUGGCCUUGUUUGACAGUAUAAGAGUAGCGUGUUGUGGGAAGAGCUCAGAGGACGACAUCCACGCUAUGGCCAGGAAGUAAAGCUGCGGCCUUCUUCUAUUUUUAAAUAUAAUAACGUUUAAACAGGAAUUAUUUCCACAGGAUAU